CGUCACGACUUCGUGCUGUUGCUAUGGAGUUGAGCUAAUAUCUGGAUAUGACAGCUGGUGUUUGAUAACGAUUUAUGUGAUGCUACAACUGUAUGGUCAUCCCGACAUAGCGAUUCAUUUAUUGCUUUGUAAGUCACUGAUGUCAAGAUGUCUGUGGAACUGGAUGUAUUUGUUGGGAACACCACCAUUAUGGACAAAGAGGUGUAUCAACUGUGGCUGAAUGGAUAUACAGUGAAUGAUGCUGUCAAAGUGCGGAUAGAUGGCGGCAUAAUGGAGGAGUGUGAGGCGAGUGUAGAAGUCCUGCUCAGUGACACUAUGGACCAGUACAGAACUUUCCAGAUGUGUGAGAGGCUUUUACAUCACCCAACUAAACUAGCCAAUCAGCUUCUCUUCCAGAUACCACCAGACCGACAAGCCAUGCUCAUUGAAAGGUAUUAUGCUUUUGAUGAUGCGUUUGCUCGCGAGGUCCUUGGAAAGAAGCUGUCCAAGGGUACCAAGAAAGAUCUGGAUGAUGUCAGUGCAAAGACAAACAUUACGCUGAAGAGCUGCAGGAGACAGUUUGAUAACUUUAAGCGAGUGUUCAAAGUGGUGGAGGAACUCAAGGGCCCUCUGGUGGAAAACAUAAGGCAACACUUUCUGCUGCCUGACCAGUUAGCAAGGGACUAUGCUGCAGUAGUGUUCUUUGCCAAUAAUCGCUUUGAGACGGGUAAGAAAAAGUUGCAGUAUCUCACCUUCCAAGACUUUGCCCUCUGUGCUGGUCAGCUUAUCAACAACUGGACAUUAGGAGCUGUGGAUAACAUGAUGGAAGACAUGGAUGUCGAUCUGGAUAAGGAAUUCCUUCAAGACCUCAAAGAACUCAAAAUUCUAAUCACAGACAAAGAUCUUUUAGAUCAGCACAAAAGUUUAGUGUGUACUGCUCUGCGGGGGAAAACCAAUGUCUUUACUGAGAUGGAAGCCAAUUUUAAGAAUCUCUCAAGGGGCCUUGUAAAUAUUGCUGCCAAAUUAAUCAAUGCAAAAGAUGUCCGUGAUUUCUUCAUUGACCUUGUUGAAAAGUUUAUUGAACCUUGUCGCUCAGACAGAUGGACAUCAAUAGACGUGAACCUCUACCUUACUCAUUAUACUAACUCUGCACAUAUACUUGACACUUUCAAGCACCAUAGUGUGUGGACUAGAUACAUGGGAGUAAUCAAAAGUUGCAUCCUUAGAAUGUACCACGAGUGAAGAAUCUCCCUUUACACAUUUUCUCUCCAUUUCCUCUUUCUGUGAUGCGGUCUGGCAUCUGAUGUCUUAAUUGUCUUUAAUUCCCCUGUUUAUAAUCUUCUUUCUUUAAUCCCUUCCCAAAUAUGUCCCCCACCAGCUGUCCAUCUCUUCACCUCCCUACCCUUUUCCUUUAUCCCCUUUUCAUUCUUUCACCCCUUGGCCUCCAGAAGUAUAUGACUUGCAAAUAAACACAGCAUGCUUUCCACAGA